UUCAAUUCCCACGCACCAUGCACACCUCUCACACAGCAGCGACAUACUGACGACUACCUACCUGUCUCUCCCCUCGGGUUUUCCCACAUCCUUACAACACUUUGAUAGACGUAUCCAUAUCCCGAUUCUUCCAGUCUCCUCAACUCUCCAGACGAGAGUCGGGAGGAUAAACAUUGUGUCGCCAGUCAGGGCGCAAGGCUUCCACCAUGUCCGGCCUUCCAGACUACUAUGCCAUUCUCGAAAUCCCAUCCAGCGCCACAGCCGACGACGUCAAGCGAGCGUACAAGAAGGCGGCGCUCAAGUGGCACCCAGACCGAGUCCCGGUCGACUCGCCCGAACGUCCCAAACGUACGAAACGAUUUCAGGCCAUCAACGAUGCAUACUAUACACUCUCGGACGUGACGAGGCGACGAGACUAUGACGACGCACGCCGCUUCCACACCACUUACACAGAAGAGGAGUAUGAAGAGGAAGUUGACGAGGACAUCCCCCGCACCCGCCGCGCCCAAGCAGGCUCAAACACAUGGAGCAACUUCUUCUCCAACUUUGGCCGGUCGGGCAACCAGGAAGAAAAGUUCUCGAACGAACAGUUCGAGAGCGCGUUUGCAGAAAUGAUGGGCGAGGCCGCCAUGGCCGACGGCGAGCAGCAGGACUCGGGGACCGGCCAACCGAAGCCAGGAUCGUUCUGGGCCGUCCUGGGUGGUUUGAGUGGGGCGACGUUGGGCUUCAUCUUUGCCAACUUUGCGGGCGCCAUCCCCGGUGCGGCGGCGGGUUGGAAGUUUGGAAGGAUCAGAGACGAGAAGAAGCAGCCCGUCUAUACGACGUUUCAGCAGCUGCCGCAGGCCGACAAGGCUAAAUUGCUAAGCGAGCUUGCGACGAGGCUGUUUGCCAGCGCCCUUGGUAGUUGAACGAGAAGCAAUAACUUGGGUAUGGGACGAAGAAGAAGCUAUAGGCUUAUCAUAAUAUACGACUAGGAUUUGGGAAGGGUUCUAAGCAUUGGCGCUUUGUGGUAUAAAGUUACAUGUACUUUGAUGUUAUGAUGACGUGUAACUUCAGACGGCCGAAGAUGUCGAUUCUAUUGCGAAGUAGAUGUACCUUUGACCAAUAUCAAGGGUCGCGUCUUUUCCCAAGUAAAGUAAAUUCUAUGUAGACAAGAAUUUAGGUUUUGUUAAUUUCACAAUUAACAACCCCGUGAGUCC